GUUACCCGUUGAACGUUGCCCUCGUGUAGAUCCUCCAACCUUUUCCUUGACGACUGAGGACAAAAUGUGGUCUCAAAAAAAGUAUAUAGGUUCCGCGAAGGAGAGGGAGGACCUUUGCCGUCUCUAUAUUGAGUUUGACGGGGACAUGGACCGCAUCAUGGAGUCCGCUCUGUGCGCCGAGACCGAAGACGAGCCGCGCAUCAGGAAAGUUCUUCAGAGCCUCAUCGAAGCGCAGGAGAUCCCCGCCUACCGUGCCUUCACUCACGAGAGCGCACACAAGAGGCGCAACCGCAGAGGCAAGGUGGCGAUGGAGAGAGAGGAGGCUGAAGCGAGGCAAAGGGAGAUGGGCAUCAGCAGUGAAGACAGCCUGACCGCUCUGAUCAAGAGAAAACAACAGUCCAACGAGCAGAAAUUCAACUCCCUCAUCUCUGACCUGGAGGACAAGUACUGUGAGGAUGAGCCCAAGAGGAAAAGUGCCAAGUAAUAGCAACUCUGAAUACUCUACAACCAUCUUACUUUUCCCAUUAAACUUUCUAUGCACUUAA